AUGAGCAUCGUUGCUAGAAGACCGCAAGAUCCCAUCCUCACAGCCCACACCAUUUCCCCAGACCUGUCGAAUGAAAAGGUUGUGAGCAUCGACAUGCAAUCAAUCCCGUCCCGCACCUCCUCCAUCUCCUCUUACAAGACAAACUAUACCGUCUCGACCUCGCCCACCACGGUGUACUCGCCCUCGUCACCCUCCUCCUCCUGUCGCCAAUUCGAUUCGAUAGGCUCUGCCGCCGAAUGCGUCCUCCCCGUUCAGCGUCGAGUGCCUCAGGAAGUAUACGAUGUCAUUCUAUUGAAUCUCGAGUCUCUGCACAAGUCGCCGCUUCAAACGGCUGCACGACAUGCUACCUACGCGACUUGCAUGCUCUUUGGCAAUGAUUCACCCGCCCAGUUGAAGAAAUACCGUCUCAAGAGGGGAAGUCGUCUCAAGUUAUUGCGUCGAACUCUGCGUGAACGACACAUGCUGGCACAUCUCGUCCGCGAGCUCAGAGUGCCCAGAUGGAGUUGCCUCACGGCCACCAAGCAGAGUAGCCCAGUGGCAGUGGAGUACCGCGAUCUGGUGGCGUCCGUGGUCAUGGUUGCCCCAAUUUGGAGCGCCUGCUGGGUCUCUCCAUUCCCUACCACCACGAGGGAGGCCGCCGAGGUCGCCGAAAGAUCACCGCGCAGCACCACGUGUCCCAGCAGUCUAGGUCCGUCCCAAAUGUUCGAGUUUCUCAAUUAUCAUGUCUCCUGGACGUAUCUGGAGACCUUGAUGUUAUACGGUCUGAACGGGAACGAUGCCCUAGAGCCUAGUAUCUUCCUGCGCAUGUUCGAUCUUCUACCGGCGCUCAGGCAUCUCUGCAUUGCCUCGUUCAGUGAAGAUGCCUUUGCGGAUAAAAGCCUCCCCGGGGUCACAGACCGUGGUCUGGUGCAAUUCACCUCCCGUCCCGAGUCUCGUGCCCUCAAAUCCUUGGUGCUGGUGGACCAGAAUGUGGAGUCGUUGCUGGUCAUCUCCAAGAUUCUCUCCUCCCUGACGGCCCUGCAACGCUUCAAGUUCGUGCAGACGGAAACCUGCCCGGUCAUGCCGGACAGAGACAUGGUGCUGCAGCCCAUUCUCGCGUCACCAAGUCUGCGAUACCUGCAUUGGGAUGUGGCCUGUCCAGAUCCUGGAACGGCGUUGACCCAGUUGGACUCACGCCCCUUCCAGCAUCCCCUCAAACAAUCCAAUACCCCAAACUCUCAUCUCGCGCAGAGUAUCUUGUCUGCUGGGUUUCCAUGUCUGGAAACGUUACGUGCUCCCAACGACGUGGAGCCCCCGGGUGUGCUGCAGGCUUCCUGCCGUCCGAUCACCAGAGGGCAAGCUCUGCUGCAGCCGGACCGCCUAAGUCUUCCCCGGAGCUCGCAUGGCUCCGUCAGCACGCGACCCCUUGCUUUGCCGUCUGGCAAUAAUUUGACCUCGUCGCGGAUCCGUGCGCAAACCUUCAUCGAUAUGGCGGCCAAGGAUUCGGAUAGCGGCAUGCCGGUCUUGAUUCAGGAUUUCUCGGAUGAUUACAUCCCCGACAAUGCAGGAGCCUCUCAGUUUGACGAUGAUUCAGAAGAGGAAAUGGACGACUUUGGCAUCUGGGCGGCAGCCAAGAGAUAUCGAAACACACCACCCAAGAACAGCGGCCCCAAAACGGUGUACGAGUUCCACAUGCCGGCCUUCAUGGGCCGGUCUGGGCUGAAGGAUCCGGCCACGGGCGCCUCUAUUCCGAAGUUCCUCCUGCGUCCUGACAUCCCCGGACAGGAAUCAGAUGGUGGUUUAGUCGGGUGGAAACAUUUGCUCGCAUCCAACCAGUCGCUUUCGUUUGCUGCGGGCAACGGCGCUCAAUGCUUUGAUCCUCAGAAGAACUCCCCCAGCUCCCCUCCCAUGGAUGAUUUUACCUCUCCAUCUUCGAUCACAUCGCGAUUUGCCUGGGGAGUCUGGGCAGUCGAUCCAGCGGCACGCCCACGACGCCGACCACUCCAAUCACUCCAAUGA